UAUAAAACAGUUAUUGUAAUAAUAUGUAACAGAGUGAUCGAUAACGCAGUCUCGUCUAAUUAUAAAGUGAUAUCUUUGCUACAAAAAUUAUUUCGGUUUUUAUAACACGUAAAAUUAAAAUAAAUACGAUCCGUUUUUGUUUAUUAAUUAUUUUAGUUCGAAUCUAAAAAAUAAAAAUGUUCUCAAAUCUUUCGUUCAGAGAGCGACAAUAUAUAUUAAAAGAAUUUCCAGAACUAUCACCGAAUUUAAUAAAACGCUAUGAAAAAACUUUUACUAGAUAUGACACGGACAAUGAUGGGUACUUGGAUGUCGAAGAUCUUAAAGGUAUGAUGAUGGUGCGUGGUGUUCCAUGGACUCACUCAGCAAUUGUACGCCUUAUCAAAGACGCAGAUGAAGAUGGUGAUGGAAAACUGAGUUUUCGCGAAUUUCUGAUAACUCAACGUAAAAAUGUGGAAUGGGCCCGCCGAGUGUUAUGCGCCUUGCCUGAAAUCGACGUCGGCCGCGUGGGCGUUAAAGGGGCUAAGAAGUACUUCGAAGCUAAACAGCCGAUGCCCAUAGGAACAAACCAUAAGAAUGUGUAAUAUUUAAAGAAGAACAAUCGUUGCACAUAAAAAAUAUAUUACAUAAUAUGAUAUAGUGUCGCAAGAUGAUUAUAUUUUUCAAUAAUUUAUUUUUAUUUUUAUCUAUCAUAUUCAAUAUAAAAUAUCAUGUAACUAAUAUUUAUUAUAUUUAUUAUUAUUAUAAAAAGCUAUAAUAUUAUUUUAGACGGAAUAUAAUAGUUUUUGAUUUGCUUAAA